AUCAAAAAAUUAUGAAAAUGUUUAAAUCAGAUUCACAAUUUAUUAAUGAAAUGAAUGAUAAAAAAAUUUCUGAUCAAAUUUCUUCAGAAUUACCGGUUAUUAAUGGAAAAAAUCAUGAAAAAAUUUCAAAAUUUGCGUCAUCAUUAUCAUCACCAUCAUUAUCAACGACGACGACGACGACGACAACAACAACAACAACAACAGCAGCAACAUUUGACAGUGCACAACGUGUUCAGAUUCAACAAUAUCUACAUACAGUUUCUGGUCAAUUAUGUAAACCAACAAUUCAAGAGAUUGAACAUAAUUAUGCUAAAUCUCCACAUAUACAUCCUGAUCCACAGAUACAUGCACAACCAACAAAAUAUCUUUUUAUGAAACAUUUUCCUCGACAUCUAACCAAAACAUCGAAUAAAUAUCAACAAUCCGAUAAUAUUGUCGAUAUUGAUGUCGUUACAUAUGAUGAGAUGAAAAAAAUUCCAUUUCUAACACCAAAACCACCACCGGUGCCGAUCAAAAUCGAUGAUGAUGUUCCUGAAAUCGAUUCAUCCAUCACUGAUAAAUGGACAUAUGAAAAAAAUAAACUAUGGACACGUGCCAUGAAAAUUAUUCAUUCUGAUCGUAUGGCACGUUUAUCAUUCGAAGGUCAUGUUAAUGAAGUAUUAUUGAAACGUAAUCUACAGGAUCAUACGACACAAAAAUUUCGUGAAUUAUUUUCAUCAACAUUUUGGAAUACAAAAUUACUUAUAUGGCUUCAUGAAACAUUACUUGAACAUUUGAAUGUAAAUUAUCAAACAGUUUAUAUUGAAUCGUUACAGAUUCUACGACAAAAAAUUCCUACAUUAAUCGAAAAAUUCUAUCAAGUUAAAGAUCGAAUUGAAAAUAAAAAUCGGCCCACAUUAAAUGAUCCGCUAUUCAAUACACUUAGUCAUUAUAAACCGAAAAAACUUUCACGAAAACCAAUUUUUAUACUUGUACCAAAUGGACCGAAUCAAAAUGUAAAUCAAACAAAUUCUUUACGUCUAAAAUAUUGGAGUUCAUUGCUUAGUUCAAUGGGAAAAUUAGUAUCAUUAUCGGUGCCGGCUAAACCAACGGAUUAUAUUGCUGACAUCCUGAACGAUAUACGUUAUGUUGUCAAUGAAAAAAUUAAAAAUUGUAAAAAUUCUUAUUCAUCUCGACCGGUCAUAUUGAUUGGAUUUAAUUCAGCAUCAGUAAUCGCUGUACAUUGUGCAUUACAGAAUCCACGUUCAAUUGCUGCUGUUAUAUGUUUGGGAUUUCCAUUAAAAACAAUCAAUGGUAAUCGUGGUGAAUUAGGCGAUACAAUACUUGAAUUAUCAUGUCCAAUACAAUUUGUUGUUGGUGAAAAUUCUGUACUAACGCCAUUGGAUGAUAUGGAAGAUUUUCGUGAAAGAAUGACAAGAACGGAAACAAAUUUGAUCGUUGUUGGUGGUGCCGAUGAUAAAUUAGUUGUAUCGAAUGUUAAAAAACGUUUAGAAUGUCUUACACAAUCAAUGGUUGAUCGUUGUAUUGUUGAUGAAAUUCAUGAAUUUUUAUCACCAAUUCUAACGAAUUAUAAUGAAGAUGGUAAUAUCUGCUAUGUAACACCAACAUCAUUGAAUAAAGAUACACGAUUAUAUCGUUUCUUUCAUGAUGAACAUGGACAACCGAUUCCAAUUAUUGGAACAUCAUCAUCAUCAUCUACGAAUCGAAAAAGACCACCAUCAUCAUCAUCGUCAUCAAGGAAACGUACAAAAAUUGAAAAUGAUUCUGAUGAUAAAUCAACAAAACGAAAACGGCCACCACGACCACCUAAAAAAGAUUCGAUAAAUAAUAUUAAUCUAAAUAAUAAUAAUAAUAAUAAAACACCUGGAACAAUAACGACAACAUCAUCAAAUAACAUUAAUAAUUUUGCACAUAUUCUUGGUGGUCGUACUAUUUCAAAUGGCGGUGCUGCUACUAUUGCUGCUUCUGGUUCUUCUGGUUUUACACUAGUACCAUUUCAAUCAUCAUCAUCAUCAAAUGUGGCUGCAUUCAUAACGAAUAAUACAACUCCAACAACAACUACAAUGAAUAUAGAUAAACAACAACAAUUUAGUAAUAUAAAAAUUGAAAAAUCACAAAUUAUUUCCAUAGAUAAUUUUCCAUUGGCAACAAUAACGGCAAAAAAAGUUGUAAAAAAAACAAUAAGUCCAACGGCUAUUCAUUUAGCGAAUCUUGAAGCUUUUCCAACACCAUCAUCAUCUUCAUCAACAUCAACAACUUCAUCAUCAUCAACAACAACAACAACAGCAACAAAUAUUACAAGAAUCGGUGGUAGAGAGAUAAGACCACCAAAAUCAUUAGAUUUUUUUAAAAAUUUAUUCUAUUCGAUUUAUUAGCAAUUUUUUGCAAAACGAGUAUUGUCAACGCCAUCUUAUGAUUAAAAUUAUUAAAUAAAAAUUAUUUUUCAUUCAUCACA